AAUUGCCAGCUCUAAUUCUAAUUCGCGGCGUCGUGAAUAUUUUUAUAGAUUUUGUUUGUUUUGAAUGAACCCAAAAUGGACAGUGGCUACUUAAAUCAAGUGAAGGCAAUCCUCAAAUCACUGGUCAUUUCAUUUCCAGACAAAAUAACCAUAGACAAAUUGAAUCGCGACUAUCGUGACAUUGAAGGUGAGGAUAUACCAUUUCGCCGGUUGGGCUACAACAACAUGGAACAGUUUUUAAGGCAAAUACCGGAUACACUAGUUGUUGUGGGUAGCGGCCGUACAGCAUUGGUGUAUUUUGUGGGCAAUGACAAAUCCGCACAUAUCCAUGAAAUGAUAAUGACCCAAAAGAAAACACGACCAAGAGCGCGAACGAAAAGUAGGCAGAACACCGCAAUGAGUGCACCGAAUAGGCAGCGAAAUAACCGCCAUAGCAAUAGGGCUAGUUUUACGGGACAUCGUAUGCCCGUGCAGCAAUUGUCACCUUUUCAGAUAACCAAUAGAAAUGUUUCAACCGUAAAAUUAACCGUUAGAGAUAUGCCCAUACGACAAAAUGUACAAAUGCCUGUGAAUAAUGUACAGCUUGCAGCCCAGAACCUGAUGGGAAAUAUGAACAAACCAAUGUAUGGUUAUGUUCCACAACCUGUAAUUGGAGUUCCCGUGUAUAACCCAACGCAGCCGGUUUGCAAUAAGGAAAUCAUACAAAAAUAUCAAGAGCAUGUAAAACAAUUGGAAAGCUUAAUGAAACCUAGAAAAGUUCCGCAACAAGGAGUGCAUCAAAAUCCAAUUAGACGAGGUGCAUCGGAUAACGCCACACAGCCUAUACAGCGAAAUAUGACGGAAACCCAAGCCAAUACUAGUAUUAAUAGAAAUCAAAAAUAUGUAGGACCUGACAAAAGACCCGAAACUCCAUUGAGUUCAGUAACACCAAAGACCACAACCAGCCAACCCGUUACACAAAAAUCUGUACCGGAAAAUCAAAAAGAUUCGGAAAUAAAUGAAAAAUAUCAAGAGCAUGUAAAACAACUGGAAAGUCUGCUGGGUUCAUCGUGUCGCAUAACAGACCCCCCGACAGCAAGAAAGGUCACAUUCUCGCCUGACAUUAAAAAUGAUAUGAAAAUUACUGUGGCGGAAAGUAAAACCAAAGAACUCGAGACGCCGUUGGUAGGAGUGAAUCCACCAAAACCCAAAGUAAAAUUAUCGGAACGUUUAGAAAAAAUAUUAAAUGCCACAUCAGCGGGCAAAAAAUUGAAUCCUAUAGAAGAUACUGCAAACCCAUCCGAAGCACACGGGGUGAAUGAGAAGAAUCAGCCAGUGAAAUCGCCAAAGAAGACGAACAGCAGCACCGAUAAGUUCAAGGAACUUUUGGACAUAAGCGAAGAGGAAGUUGCCACUGACAUGGAUGAAGCUGUGCCAGAAUUUGCAGCGACCAGUAAUGUCUUUCGUCUUGAUUUACCCAAACAUACCGUACCCUUUGGACGUAAAAUCGAACCUUGUGAAAUACCCGAAAACAUUGAUGUGGGCUCGUGUUUGCGUAUAUUUAUUUCGGAGAUUCACAAUCCAUUUCGCUUCUGGUUUCACAUACACAAAGAAAAUCAUGAACUUGAUGGUUUGAUGCACAAUAUGGAACGAUUUUAUGGUACACUGGGACCCAAUGAACUACGCAUACCAAUUGCUUGCUUGAAUCCUGGUCAAAUUUGUGCUGCAGCCUUCAAUGAAAUGUGGCAUAGAGGAGAAAUUGUUGCUGCCCCGGUUAGUGAUAAAGUUAAGGUGUCCUUUUUGGAUUAUGGUACUGUAUCGGAUGUAGAUGUAUGCGAUGUUAAAUAUUUGUGUACAUCAUUUUCACAACUGCCGGCCCAAGCAUUGAGAGGUUGCCUAUCGAAUAUUAAACCACGUGGUCUGCAUUGGAGCCAUGAUGCUACCAUGUAUUUCCUAUCCUUGGUUUCGGAGAAAAUGCUCUAUGCCAAAAUAACAGAAAUUGAUAGAGAGAGUUCCGUAUUCUAUAUGAUACUCUGUGAUACCCACGAUGAUCCUGUGGUACAGAUCAAUAAAAAUAUGAUGGAAAUGAAAUAUGCCCUCCUCAAUGAAGAUUGGCUGGAAACAAGAAUUGAAAAGAACAAUGGACGACGUGUACAUCAUCCCCGUGAGGACUUCCCUACGUUCGCCAUGAUCGAAUCUGGUGAAUAUCCCACAUUUACUGAGCUCUUGGAACUCAAAGAAAAGGGUAUCGAUUAUGAGCUAAUCUAUGAUCGGAUUAUAUUCAAUAAAUGUGCAAUUCUCAAUACCUAUGAUAAUGUGCCAGAACCAAUAAGGAAGUUGCCGUUUUUUCUAUUGACAAAUAAUCCCUUUCGUGCCGAUAUUGUUUUACAACUGACAACAGAUAUGAAGCCUCAAACAACCUAAACAAUUGAAAAAUUCAUUGGUCUCACAUUCUUUUAUAAGGAAUACUAUUAUGCAGUGAUAUUAACAACCCCUCGUAUUAUUAGAAUCCCCCAAAACUGUGAAUUACUUUAAGUUUUGUUUUAUUGCAUUUUUAGUUUUAUCUUUACUUGACUAUUGUUUUUAAAUGAAUGGCGUUUGUUAAUGCGGAAUGUAUGAUUUCAAAAAUCUUUGUUUAUAGGGUCUAAGAUUAAAACUGUUUUUUCGUUUUUCAUUUAAGUUUAUAUUUUGUACAAUGAAAUUUGACAAUAAAUUGGUACAUGUAAAUGUGUAUCUUCGAAUAAAGAAAAA